AUGACUUCAAUCCGAGACCAACAGAGCCGUUGGCAGGCGGGAUGCUACAGUGUCAGAGUCAGCAUCAGCAUCAGCAUUAACAUCAUCAUCAGGGUUCACAUGGUUGAUCGUCCGGUCUUUGCUCCUUCUCUGUGGAACAGAUCCGAAUUCAAAGCCGUUAAAAGGGGCGAGACAUGGGAUUCGUGA